CGGAUGGAGGCUGAGCCGGAGCGAGCGGAGGCGCCGCGGAGAGGCGGCGUCGCCGGGGUACUAAAGAUGGGCCGUCGAGCCCGCCAAGACCUCUUUGCAGGUGAAAAACUCAGCAGGAAGAAUUCCCCGUCUGCUUCUCUCGGAGAGGUUCCACCACCUAAACCCCCACGCCGGCAAGGAGGCUGGGCGGAUGAUCCUGUACUGGCAUCUACCAAGUCAGGAAGAAAGCAUGCAGAAGAAGUAGAAGACCAUCGUCUCAGACAGCAGAGUCUGGAGGCAUCAGAUGAUGGAGGAGACAUUCCUGUGAUCCCUGACUUGGAGGAUGUCCAGGAGGAAGAUCUGGCCAUGCAAGUGGCAGCUCCCCCCAGUGUGCAGGUGAACCGAGUGCUGACCUACCAUGACCUGGACAAAGAUCUAAUGAAAUAUGCUGCUUUCCAGACUCUGGAUGGGGAGGUAGACCUGAAGCUCCUCACCAAAGUUUUGGCUCCAGAGCAUGAGCUACGAGAGGAUGAUGUCAGCUGGGAUUGGGACCAUCUCUUCACAGAGGUGUCAUCAGAACUAGUGACUGAGUGGGACCUGGGGCAGUCGGAGAGGGAGGACCACCUGAGUCUCCCAUAGAGCUCUGACACACCAGAAGUCUCAUACAUCCAUCUCCUAAACACAGCCUCUCUGGAGUGGACCAUCAUACAAUGGAGUGUGGUUUGCACUGAUGGCUAUCAGAGAAGCUUGGGCUGAUAUGACUUGUUUUCAUGGGACAUCCAGGUUACCAUCUUCCUCACAACAGACACCUCAAGUUGUCAGGAUAUCUGAUUUAUAUUUCAUCCAGCAGCCUCCAGCCUUUCCUUGUUAGUUUAACCUCUCUCUUGGAACAUUACCUCUGUAUUGACUCAGGAUGCAGCACCACCUAUUAAACUGCCACUUGUUACAACCCCUCUUUAUACCUUGAGGUUUCCCAGCUAA